ACGAAGAUUUUGUUGCUUAAGGGUGAACUGAGAUUUAUUUUUCCUCUUGCUGCUAACAAAGCUAAACCUGAAGAUGGAUGAAAUGGAAGAGGAGCUCAAGUGCCCGGUGUGUGGCUCUUUUUUCCGCGAACCGAUCAUCUUGCCCUGCUCGCACAACAUUUGCCUGGCCUGUGCUCGUAACAUCUUGGUGCAGACGCCGGACGCUGAGUCUCCGCAGGGCGGGCGCGCCUCCGGCUCAGCGCCUUCCGAUUAUGACUACCUGGACCUGGACAAGAUGAGCUUGUACAGUGAGUCGGACAGCGGCUACGGCUCUUACGGCGGCUUCGCUAGCGCACCCACAACCCCUUGCCAGAAGUCACCUAAUGGAGUGCGUGUGUUCCCUCCUGCUGCUGUUCCCCCUCCGCAACCUCAACACCAGCUGCUCCCGCAACCCAUGGGCACACCACCGAUUCCGCGCAACGCCUGCCUGACGUGCCCGCAAUGCCACCGCAGCCUGACCCUGGACGAGCGUGGACUACGCGGCUUCCCCAAAAACCGGGUGCUCGAAGCCGUUGUGGACCGCUAUCAGCAGAGCAAGGCGGCAGCUCUGCGUUGUCAGCUGUGUGAGAAAAGCCCACGGGAAGCCACAGCGAUGUGUGAGCAGUGCGACGUGUUUUACUGCGACCCGUGCCGCUUGCGCUGCCACCCACCGCGAGGUCCCCUCGCCAAACACCGCCUCGUACCUCCCGCGCAGGGACGCAUAAGCCGGCGCGCAAGCCCGCGCAAAACCUCCACCUGCACCGAGCAUGAACUGGAGAACCUCAGUAUGUACUGUGUUCAGUGCAAGACACCCGUGUGUUACCAGUGUCUCGAAGAAGGCAAGCAUUCCGCUCAUGAAGUCAAAGCACUAGGAGCCAUGUGGAAGCUGCAUAAGGGGCAGCUCUCUCAGGCACUGAACAUCCUGUCUGAUCGUGCCACUGAGGCCAAAGAGUUUCUUGUUCAGCUCAGAAACAUGGUGCAGCACAUACAGGAGAAUGGAGUUGAAUUUGAAGCAUGCUUGGUGGCUCAGUGUGACGCACUGAUUGAUGCUCUGAACCGCCGGAAAGCCCAGUUACUGGCCAGAGUGACUAAAGAGCACGAACACAAACUAUUGGUGGUACGUGAUCAGAUCUCUCACUGCACUGUAAAGUUGCGGCAGACGACAGGGUUGAUGGAAUAUUGUCUUGAGGUCAUCAAAGAAAACGACCCCAGCGGCUUCCUGCAGAUCUCUGAUGCACUGAUUCGUAGGGUGCAUAUGACUGAGAGUCAGUGGGGUAAGGGCACACUCACGCCACGUAUGACCAGUGAUUUUGACCUGACACUGGACAGCAGCCCAUUACUACAAACUAUCCACCAGCUUGACUUCGUACAAAUGAAGGUACCUGCAGCUCCAAUCUUACAGCUGGAGGAGUGUUGUAGCCAGACCAACAGUGCCACUUUGUCAUGGAAACAGCCUCCUCUCUCCACCAUUGCUGUAGAUGGAUACAUACUGGAGCUGGAUGAUGGCAGCGGAGGGCAAUUCAGAGAAGUAUACGUUGGCCCAGAGUCGAUCUGCACAGUGGACGGACUUCACUUCAACAGUACAUAUAAAUCUCGUGUUAAAGCCUUUAAUUCCAGCGGAGUGGGACAGUACAGCAAAACACUCAUCAUGCAGACUUCUGAGACUGGACUUGCCUCAUGUGAUAUUAACACUCUAGCUACAGUUGCGUGGUUCACCUUUGACCCUGCAUCAGCCCAUCCAGACAUCAUACUGUCUAAUGACAACCUCACAGUCACAUGUAACAGUUAUGACGAUCGUGUUGUCAUGGGAAACACACCCUUCUCCCGUGGUGUACAUUUCUGGGAAAUGACCAUAGAUCGUUAUGACAAUCACCCGGACCCUGCAUUUGGGAUCGCCCGUGGUGACGUGCUGAAAGACGUGAUGUUGGGAAAGGAUGAUAAAGCUUGGGCAAUGUAUGUGGACAACAACCGCUCCUGGUUUAUGCACAACAACUCCCACACCAACAGAACGGAUGGAGGGAUUGGUAAGGGAGCGACAGUGGGAGUUCUGCUGGAUUUCACCCGGGGAAUUCUGUUGUUUCUUAUCAAUGAUGAGCAACAAGGUCCGGUGGCUUUCGAUUCACUCGAAGGUCUCUACUACCCUGCCAUUAGUCUCAACCGCAAUGUUCAGGUUACGCUUCAUACUGGACUGCCCAUUCCAGAUUUCUACACACUAGGAGAGUCAGACCCUUCGGGCUCCGUCUGCUGAAGUCCAACAUAACAACUCUCUCACUCAUUCUUCUCUCUCUCUCUCUCUCUCUCUCUCUCUCUAUCUAUGUCUCACACACACAUACAAUGAUGGAUAGGAUUUACACUGAUAUUCAGUUUUCAGCCGUUUAUGUGAAAUUCUGGGUUGGUUUAGAAGUUCAGUGCUUUUUAAUAAGCUUAGCUGCUAGUUACAGCUGUUCAAAUGAAAUGAAUUUACUUUAUGACAAGCAGAGGCAGCAAGAGAGCCAAAAACUGCUGUUCACUUCAAUUUGUCAUCUCCAAAAGCCAGAGACUUUAUGUGUAGUUUUAAGAAUAUUAGACUACAUGUUGAAAACAUGAUUUUAAAAAAUGUUGAAUUUCUCCCUCCCACACAAAAUACUGAUGUUAUGCUACAAAUGUGAGACUUGCCUCUCAUUCCUUCUCCACUAAUCUACUCCAUUUAGUCAUUUGGUCAUUUCAUCAGCUAAAGGAGCAAGAUCAGCAUACUUGCAAAUUCAUAACAAUAUGCAAAGCUCAAGUGAUAUGAAAAGGGCACAAUGAGUAGCAUUGCCACCUUGUAGCCCAGUGUGCCUGGUUCAAACUCAACCUUGGGUUACUGUCUGUGUGAGGGUUUGCAUAUUUCAAGGUUUCCUGAACCUCCCUAUAGCAUGCCAGAAGGUAAAUUGUCCCAAAAUUACUCAAGGUAUGUGUACAUUGUGUCCUGGCAUCACAUCAAGGGAGUAUUUUUGCUCAAACACUGGUCAUACACCGUGGCCCUGGGUGAGUGAGUGGAUGGAUGAAUGAAUAAAUGAAUUUAUAUGAAAAGUUGCCACUGCCCCCUGCUGGUCAAGGUUAAAGUUAGUAGCAUUUCUACCUUUUCUUAUAACUUCAUUAAUAUGAUCAACUACAUCAUUCUCACCAAAAAAAAAUUCACAGGUUUAGAAAAUGUUAUCAUUAUUAUUAUUAUUAUUAUUAUUAUUAUUAUUAUUAUUAUUAUUAUUAUUAUUAUUAUAGUUGGUGCUAAAGCAUAAAAACAUAUGGCUCUGGUCAUACAAGCCUAUAAACUAGAGUCACCAGACAGAUUUUAUACUUAUUAUUAUCACUGAUCAUAUACUGUAUUAUGGAUCUGUGCAAAAGUGAAUAUGUGCAGAUAUAAAUUAUGAAUCUGUAGAGGUUAUACAAUGCGGUUUACCAUUAUAAUUGGACUAUGUGCAGUCAGUUCAGUAUAAUGUGUUAAAUAAGAAAUUCACACCCUGACUGAAAUGUCAGCAUGGCCUUUAAUGUGCUUUCUUUUUUGUAGAAAGCUAAGAAAUUUUUAGGACAUUUUGUCCUCACACAUUAUAAAUUCAUACAACGCAUACUGCACCCUAUUUGCCAAUAACUGCUAAUGCCAAUUUGUAAGGGAUUAGAAAAUAAAAAUUGUAACUUUAUGAUAAAACUUUAAUCUCAUAUUAUGACUUGAUGCUAUACUCACAGACUUCAAUGACGAGUGUGUCAGUAUAGUCAUACAGUCAUUUAACAGGAAUGAAGAGACACUAGCCUGACUCUCAUUCAUAUACACACACAAAUGGAGGCACACACACACAGCAUGAACACUCUCUCCACCACAAUCCACACAUAAUCAGCAGCAGUACACUCGCACAUAUACAUUUCUCUCUUUCUGACCCCUCUGUUUGUUACUGCCUCAGAGCUGUACAGGCAUAUUGCUAAUCUUUAUUGAAAAACUGGUGCUGCUUCUGUUUAUAUGUCUGAAAAUUACAGUACUAUAUAUAGAUAGAAAGAUAUAUUUGUGUUAUUUACCUGCAAUAUAAAAAAGCACAGCUUUAAAUGAAAAAAAAAAGUAAUUCAUAAACUGGCAAUAUGUUUUAUGUUCUAGAAGUGCUAGACUCCAUAGAGUGGAUGUUUGAGUGACUCCAUGUCAUUAGAUGUGGAGGGGUUCAGGCUGCUAAUGCUGUGGUGCAGUGAAAUAACUGCCUUUAUUUGCAUCACCAGACAUGUGUAGCCUACUUAAAAAAUAAAUUACUGAGCCUGUUUGUCAAAUGACUGAUACAAAGAUACUCUUCGGACUGAUGAAGUGUGGCUUUGUUGUGUUGUAUGAAAAGAACUGUGUACACAGCAAAAAAAAAGCCUACGUUUGAACACCUACAGAACUGCAUGAACACCUAUAAUGCUGAACUAAAUCUUAUAAUGUUUAUUUGAGGUGUGAAAGGAGGCAAAUGAAUGAGUGGACAAACGAGUGCAUCAAACAACAUAGGCCUUCAAUCAACACCAGUUUUGCUGUGUACAGAGCCAAAAGUGUGGGACUGUGACUGUACAGGGGAUCUUUACUUUCUUAAUCAUAAAGUAAUCCCUAAUGUGAACAAUAACUUUAUUACUUUAUUAUUAUUAUUAUUAUUAUUAUUAUUAUUAUUAUUAUUAUUAUUAUCUGCCGCUUGGUGCAUUCUG